UGCCCCCAAUUCCUCAAAUAAAACAAACAAAAAGAAGUUUCCGGUCACAACUCAGCGGUAAUAUGACCAGAAGCACAGCACAUCGAACACACAGGCUGUAACUACGGCGGGACCACCUGUGUGUCCCUUCUGUUACAAAUAAUAUACCUGUACGACAACCUGAUGUGAAUCGUCCUCGAUUCCUGCGUCUCGCCGCCUACAAAACGUUCUCCUCAAUCCUUUCAACACGUGUUCACUCUUAAAUGGAAUCAUCCCUCCUUUCUCUUUGUAGUUUCUCUAGUUAAAAUCCCCUCUUUUCUUCUUUUUUUUCUCUACCUAUUUCUUGAGCUCUCUGUUUUUAAAAUUAUGGACAGAGAUUUUAAACCAAGCUUUUCCUCUCUCUGUGACGCUGCUUCUUCUGCAUCUCUGUUUCCGCCGCCGAUCUCAACUGACGUCGUUCCCGAUGAUAGUCCCUUCAGCUCUGUUUUCUCCGAUGUUACUGUCCAAACUCUAAUCCCAUUGGCUUCCGAUUGCUCCAUUGGGACUUCCUCUCUUUUAGAUUUCCCUGCUUAUUACACCGCAACUCACUCUCAUCAACUCGGUGAUAACUUGUUUUUCAACUCCGAUUCCCAACUCACUCGCUCCAACUUCUUCUCUGCCAACCUCAAAAUUCCUAAAAAAGAACCGUUAUCGUAUUUCAAUCUUGACGAGUCAGCAUUAAUCACCGAGUUAACUCAGCCACUAGAUUUCUUCUCUAAGAACCUCCCUUCUCUUCAAUCUAGUGAGUCACCUCCUUCAAAACAUCCUUUUGACUCACGUUUAACCAAUCUCAACUCCUCUCCACCUUCUGCUUCUCUCUCCACCGCAGUUACCCCUCAAAAACAGGUAGAAAAGCGACGCCGGAAAAGAAUGAGCGACAAAUUUCACCACUUACAGAAGCUACUGCCACUGGAUAAGAAAAUGGACACUGCAACUAUGCUAGCCGAGGCAUAUAAGUAUGUCAAGUUUUUGCAAGCUCAAGUCAAAGCACUUCAAGCCAUGGCCACUGAUUCAAGCUUUAGUGGCGAUGUUGGUGGUCUCGGUAGUUUGUUCGGGAAAAUGGAGAUGUUAAGCAGACAGCAAGUAUUACAGGUUCUAUUAAACACGCCUGAGGCGCAAUCAAGACUUUACUCGCAGCGUUGUUGUGUGUAUUCUAUCGAACAGUUGGUCAUCCUGAAGAAAGUUGCGGAAAGGAGAGCUCUUUUUAAUCAACAGGUGAUUCUUGAUACAAGAAGAAACUGAGUUAUAGUAGUUUAAUCUUAUGGGUAUAUGUGUUUGGCUGGCUCUGUGCUUUUUUUGAUGGAGAGUGAACAGUUUAGACUUUACAGUUAUAUAAUCUUUAAUGGUGUGGGGAACUGCGUUAACUAUGGACUUACAGUCUUAUAAUAUUAGAGCUUUUUCAAUCAAAUCCCCUUUGUUAUCUUUUUCCAAUGACUUCAACGACAAAAUAGCUGUUAGUAUAAGUAUUGUUUAUACAAAGGGAAUUUUCUGCGGUUCAGUAUA